AUGGGUGCUUUAUUUGACGAUGAGGAUGUUGAAUCCCUGGAUUACAUCAGUGCUCAGAACGCUAUGCUCGAUCAUAUGUGGAUGGUGAACGACGUCUUCUCGUUUCUCAAGGAGUUUUACAAGAAUAAGUUUAACAAUCUUCCGGCGGUGCUGCUCACCGAUCAGAGCGUGCAGACGUUUCAGGACGCCGUGAACACUACGUGGAGGAUGAUCCAGGACAAGGAAGACGAAUUCAUCUUUUACCGCGAUAUCCUUGCCGCGAAUGCGUCCCGGAAUGGGAAGAAAGAUUUCCUGAAGUUCCUGGAUGUUCUCUCCUGCGCAAUCCCAGCGAAUCUGGUGUAUGCGAGCAGCCACUACCAUGGCGUGGAUAACCUACUGAGUGGAGGCACGUUUCGUGGGACUUGGAUUCUGGAUCCAAAGCGCACCAUCAUCGUGUCGGACCCGAAAAGUUGCAAUGUGGUGGCAAUUCACCCAGCCGAGCCAUUCCUCACGCUGGAAGUGGGGUGCUUGGGUAUGGCAGCGUUAUUCUAUGCUCAGUCUUAUUUCUUAGGAGACUAG